AUGGCUAAUGCAACAAAUCUCCCCGUAACCAACUCUGAUUUAAUGACAACACAACAAUUCUUCAUCGUUGCGGAAUCUUGUGCUAUCGUUUGGGCAGCAUUGUCUAUAUUCGGCAUCAUUUCCAACACUAUUAAUAUUAAAAUAUUUAUUAUUAUGGGAAUGGGUGACAGCGGUACAGUUUCUUUACUAGCUCUUUCCAUAUUUGACUUGUUGUACAGCAUAAUAGCACUAUGUGCAGGGGUAUCUGGAAUACUGGCUAUGGUUGAGUUGAGAUGCGGUGUCGUUUUUGCAAUAGAACCCUUUGGUGUGGGAGUGAUUUUUGCUAACGUCAUGACUCUUAUCAACGUACCCAAUACCCUGGUCACGACCUUUAUUGCGGUUGCCCGCUGUAUGUGCGUGGCCAAACCUUUGCAUUUCAGAAAUAUGUUCACAAGAACGAGGACAGUUAUCUGCAGUAUUGUAUUCACCCUGUUUGCAGUGGUUGUGUAUGUACCUGUUCUAACUAACAUGGGGGUUGUGAUGCAGUUUGACAGGAGGAGAAACAUAUCUAGACUCAGCUUGUGGGUAUCGCACGAUAGAGAAUUCGUUAAAGAUAUUGUCUGGAUGAUCACUGACGUGAUUUUACCUUUCACCACACAAUUUAUUGUUAUCGUAUCAGUUGUUAUAAUGGCAAGAGGUCUUCGUAUAGCGUCCAGUUUUAGACAGUCUUAUGCUUCGAAUGUGGUCACAGAACCUGGAACAGACAGCAAGAAAGCGGACAACAAUGCAGAGACCGAAACACUUUCGGAUAACAUAUUAUCAAGUCAUACAUUAACUAAGAAAGAAUUUCGUGUGAUCCAACAAAUCAUUCUAAUAUCGGUGGUAUACAUAAUUUGCAACACACCCAAGAUCUUGGCUAGUACCGCUGCUACUAUUGAGCCACAGUACACAUUUGGAGGUCGUUAUAAUAAUAUAUACCUCGCUAUAAACCUUCUAAGGAAACACUUUGAGAUAGUUAAUGCAUCCGUUAACACGUUUAUAUACUAUGCAUAUAACACGAAGUUUAGAAAUACUUUGCAUCUUUGA